AUGGAGAGCGGCGACCGGGACAUGUACCGCCAGUUUCAAGACUGGUGUCUCAGGACUUACGGGGACUCAGGAAAAACCAAGACGGUGACCCGUAAAAAAUACGACCGGAUCGUCCAGCUCCUGAACGGCUCCGAGUCGAGCUCCACGGAUAAUGCCAAAUUCAAAUUCUGGGUCAAAUCUAAAGGCUUCCAGCUCGGCAACUCGGACGAGGUCAGUGGUGGUGCUGGAGGAGGGAAGCAAGUGCUGUACGUGCCAGUCAAAACCACGGAUGGAGUAGGUGUAGAUGAGAAGCUGUCUUUACGGCGGGUAGCCGUCGUAGAAGAUUUCUUUGACAUAAUCUAUUCCAUGCAUGUUGAAACUGGGCCUAAUGGAGAACAAAUCAGAAAACAUGCUGGACAAAAGAGAACAUAUAAAGCAAUUUCAGAGACCUAUGCCUUCCUACCGAGAGAAGCGGUGACACGAUUUCUAAUGAGCUGCUCAGAGUGCCAGAAAAGAAUGCAUUUAAACCCAGAUGGAGCGGAUCAUAAAGAUAAUGGAAAACCUCCAACUUUGGUGACCAGUAUGAUUGAUUACAACAUGCCAAUUACUAUGGCUUAUAUGAAACACAUGAAGCUGCAGCUACUAAAUUCACAGCAAGAUGAGGAUGAAAGCUCUAUAGAAAGUGAUGAGUUUGAUAUGAGUGACUCCACUAGGAUGUCAGCUGUGAACUCUGACCUCAGCUCAAAUCUGGAAGAGAGAAUGCAAAGUCCUCAGAACCUCCAGGGCCAGCAGGAUGAUGAUUCAGCCGCAGAGAGUUUUAAUGGCAAUGAGACCGUGGGACACAGUUCCAAUGCUUCAGGGGGAACACACUGCAGGGAGAUGGCAGAAACCAACAGUAAUGGCAAAACAAAUCUGGAGCAGGAUGAGCAGCCUCUGAACCUGAGUGACAGUCCCCUCUCUGCUCAGCUGACUUCAGAAUACAGACUAGAUGAUCACAGCAGUAAUGGAAAGAACAAAUACAAGACUCUCCUAAUUUCUGAUCUCAAGAUGGAACGGGAGGCAAGAGAAAAUGGAAGCAAGUCCCCUGCACAUAGCUAUUCAAGCUAUGACUCUGGCAAGAAUGAGAGUGUAGGCAGAGGUGCUGAAGAUCUGUCUCUGAACCGAGGAGAUGAGGAUGAGGAUGACCAUGAUGAGCAGGAAGAUCCUGAGAAGGUUAAUGAAUCAGAUGGGGUAGAAGCUGAACGACUGAAAGCUUUUAACAUGUUUGUCAGGCUGUUUGUAGAUGAAAACUUGGACCGAAUGGUCCCAAUCUCUAAGCAGCCCAAAGAAAAGAUCCAGGCUAUCAUUGACUCAUGCAGGCGACAAUUCCCUGAGUAUCAAGAGCGUGCCAGAAAACGCAUACGUACUUACCUCAAGUCCUGCAGGCGGAUGAAAAGAAGUGGUUUUGAGAUGUCACGACCUAUUCCCUCACACCUUACUUCAGCAGUUGCAGAGAGUAUCCUGGCUUCCGCCUGUGAGAGUGAAAGCAGAAAUGCUGCAAAAAGGAUGCGGUUGGAUAGACAGCAGGACGAGGCAGCUCCAGCUGACAAGCAGUACAAACAGGAGCCAGCCCAGGUCACUUACUCAACAUCAGCUGUUUCCAGCACACAGGAGGUGUUGUACAUCAAUGGCAACGGGACCUACAGUUACCAUAGUUACAGAGGGCUCGGAGGUGGGCUGCUAAAUCUCAACGAUGCUUCUAGCAGUGGUCCAACAGAUCUCAGUAUGAAGAGGCAGUUAGCAACCAGCUCUGGAUCCUCCAGUAGUUCAAGCUCUAGACCCCAGCUGAGUCCAACUGAAAUAAAUGCAGUGAGGCAGCUUGUGGCAGGGUAUCGAGAAUCAGCCGCAUUUUUAUUGCGUUCUGCAGAUGAACUGGAAAACCUUAUUUUGCAGCAGAACUGA